AUGGUACCUCCCGCGCAUAUCCGACGACCGCUCUUCUCUCAAUGGUCCAGUCCCAUUCCUAUGGCCUUGAUGAGUCCUUCAGUCUCCUCAUCGACCCCACCUCCUUCCUACUGUGCGAUACCACCCGGUACAGAGGCAGCUCUCAAUGCACCAUUCGUAGCUCAAGAGACACCUUCACACUCACCCGUCAUCACCACCGGACGAGGAAACACCGAGGCUACCGCCACCGUGAAUCGUGUCACCACAACGAUGCCGCCGCAGGUAGUUCAUCAUCCAGGCGUUGGACCAUCUGGGUUCCUUGAUUGGCCAGCGGGUCAUCUUCAACCUUCCGCGACAGAUGAACUUGAAGCUUUCCUCCGACUACAGUCGUCGGGUCCUUAUCCUCGUAUGCCACAUGAGAUUCAACGAGAAACAGCGUCAAGGGGACAAAGCGUCAUGCGCUUCUCUGAUCAGCGAACAUCUAACGGACAAGGAUCUUGCGAUCCCCUCCAUCGGUCCGUUUCGAACCCAGGUUCCGGACGCACUCACACGCGCCAAGUCCACGCCCAGGAACUGUUUCGUGCUCAGACCAUGACUCGGAAUCUCAAUCAAGGUCCGGUAGCUCGAGCAGGACCUAGACAACAGCCGGAUGCUCUUCAUAUGCGUAACAAGAUCCUAGCGUCAAAUCCUCUCGCCACCAUCUCGUCACAUCAUUCCCAAGAAGGUCAAAGUGGCACGGAGUCGACGAUCACGAGGGCCAGCUCGACCAGGCGUCAGAGAGGAGAGAUGGCGAAUCGUCCAAUCUCCAGGGUCGAUCCGAACGCCGUGGCAGGAAUGACGCCUAUGCGCACUGAAGAGACUGUCAGCGCUCCCAGAGCUGUGGAUCUCAAAGUGGUUGAAGGUCAUGAGGACGUGACACGCGAAGGAGAAGCACACCGAACCAAGCACAGAAAUCGCUCAGGGGCAGGAGCCCGUCAAAGCACUGUUCAUCAUGAUGGAGCGCUCAAACAAUACAGUGGAUGUGAACGAUCUCACCGUAAAGAAGCGAAUGUUGAACGACCUCCGACUCCUCCUCCCAAGGACGGAACUGUGGCGGCGAGCGCCCAAGAUGAAAGUGCCACUUUCGUCCCUCGUCGGGGGCAUGGCGCCACCAUGGGUGGAGGAUCGGACAACACGUACAAAUGGGUCUUGUAUGACGAUCAGGGGAACGUGAGGCGAAUCUGGAAUCUAGAGUAUGAUGGUGACUCGGCGAGACGAGGGGAUCACCAGGCCUCGGCCGCUCGAACGACCGAGACUGGGGCUCAGCGGACAAGAGCAAAGGCUGGACGCUGUUGUCGGGACAGUAGCUCCGGCGAUAGGCACCGUGCUUCCACAAGCAGCAGGACUGAAGCCGUUACCGCUACGACGGAGUCAUUCUCCCGCUCGUCUCCCAGCCAGACAUCUACCGAAGUCGCAAGCUGUCUAAGCAUAUUUGAAGCCCAGGAGCACAUAUCGGCAUUGGAAGCCGAGCUCGAUUUCGUCCGAUCAGAAAUGAUGAAGCAGCGAAAUUCAAUGAUGUGUCUACCUCAUGAUCAGAUUCAAGCAGCUCUUCAAGUCCGAGUGGACAUGAAAGGACUGCUUAGUCAGAUCCAGGAGGAAAUUGCGGGCUGGCAGGAAGUCGUACAGUGUUUGAAGGGGAGCUGUCAAGUAUGACAAGGGCGGACCGAGUGCUGAGUGCUUGGCCUCACGCGGUAGCAUGGUUG